ACAAGAAAUAAACGUUUCCUCCGGCUGUGGACCCCUGAAUGACCACAUGGGGGCCUCCUCUCUGCGUCCUCCUCGCCGCCUCCAAUCCUCUCUCCUCAUUCCGAUCUGGUGCCAAACUCCCGCUCCCAUUUCUCCUCCUCCCUCCUGUCUGCCCUCCUGCAGCCCCCCUCAGGCCGUGGAGGGGAGCAUUCACACCCCGCUGUCUGCGUUUAGCAGACGGGGCCCCCAGUCUCUCAAUGAAGCGGAGGGAGAUGAACGGUAACCCGUGCGCCCGCAGGCUGGCCCGCCGCUCCCGCUCCGCCUUGCUGCUCGCCGCCGUGUCCGUCCUGCUGAUCCAGACCCUCAUCGUGUGGAACUUCAGCAGCCUGGACUCCAGCGGCGGGGAUACAGGCGGCAGGAGCCGGGAGAAGAGGGACGACCGGACCGGGGGGUUCAACAAAGCCGACAAGGAGCGCAUCCGGAGGGGGCUGCAGAGGAAAGACGAGCCGCAGCUGCUGCAUGGGAAGGCGGCUGUCCGGCACAAGCUGCUGCAGGCGGAUGUCCACUAUCCGCACCGUCUUAAAGAGAAACUCCGUCCGGACAGCAACAACAAUGAGAACUCUGUCCCAAAAGACUUUGACACCAUCGACAGCAACAGCAACCUUGGAGCGCGAUCGCAGCGCCAGCGACCACGAAAACUGGAAAAGAACCAAAGCAUGAUUGGAAAUGACGUCCUAAAGCAUGUUCCCAUCCUCCCUAAAGUUCACAACCAGACCCACAAUCAGAAGGCCCUCCCACAGCUUCUAACCCAUCCAGUGCCGGCUCCGGGAUCCAAUCAGGAUCCCCCGUUUUCUCAUACAAAGAGGCCCGGUUCACCUCUGUCGCCGCCGGGUCUGGAGCCAAACAAGGAGCAGCCACAGUGUGAAAUCAAUGGGAAAGAGGCCAUUUCUGCUCUGUCCAGAGCCAAGAGUCGGGAGUGCCGGCAGCAGAUAGUGGAGGUUUACUGCAAGCACAAAGAGGGGGCACUGAUUCCUGAGAAGGUCCCUCGUUACUGCCCUGUGGAAGGUAAGGCUAAUGUAAACAUUCAGUGGGAUGACGAUGCGACCCCCAAAGGCUCUCCACCAGUUCGCAUCGCCUUUGUUCUGGUCAUCCAUGGUCGCGCCUCACGUCAGUUUCAGAGACUCUUCAAAGCCAUUUACCACACGUCACACUUCUAUUACAUCCACGUAGAUCAGAGGUCAGAUUACCUCCACAGAGAGGUUCUAUCUCUGGCAGAUCAGUUCCCAAACGUCAGAGUGACUCCAUGGAGGAUGGCCACUAUCUGGGGUGGAGCCAGUCUCCUCACCAUGUACCUACGCGGCAUGGAUGACCUCCUCAAGAUGGCUGACUGGUCUUGGGACUUCUUCAUCAACCUCAGCGCUGCUGAUUACCCCAUCAGGACCAACGACCAGCUGGUGGCAUUCCUCUCCAGAUACCGCAACAUGAACUUUAUCAAAUCUCAUGGCAGAGACAAUGCUCGCUUCAUCCGUAAGCAGGGUCUGGACCGGGUCUUCUACGAGUGCGACACACACAUGUGGCGUCUUGGAGACCGCAAGAUCCCGGAGGGCGUAUCCGUGGAUGGAGGCUCCGACUGGUUCCUGCUCAGUCGGCCGUUUGUGGAUUAUGUAGUGAAUUCCAAGGACGAUCUGGUCAGCAACAUGAAACGCUUCUACGCCUACACGCUGCUACCAGCCGAGUCUUUUUUCCACACCGUUCUGGAAAACAGCGUCCACUGUGAGACCAUGGUGGACAACAACCUGAGGCUCACCAACUGGAACCGCAAGCUGGGAUGUAAGUGCCAGUACAAGCACAUAGUGGACUGGUGUGGCUGCUCUCCAAAUGACUUCAAGCCCUCAGAUCUGCCGCGAUUCCAGCAAGCCUCCAGGCCCACCUUCUUCGCCCGGAAGUUUGAGGCCAGCGUCAGCCAGGAGAUCAUCAGCCAGCUGGACGCCUUCCUGUUCAGAGCGUAUCCGUCCAGCACCCCGGGUCUCCAGGCCUACUGGGAGAACAUCUAUGACCAGGAGACGGACGGACUCUCCAGCCUGUCCGACUCCACUCUCAGCCACUUCCACGCCUUUUCCCGUAUGGGACUGAGCCGUGCUGCCGGGUCGCUGCAGGGACAUCCCAACGACCACAGCUGCAGGUACGUGGCCAUGAGCCACCCAACGUCUGUGCACCUCUACUUCCUGUCGGACCAGUUCCAGGGCUACCUGGUGCGUCACGUGGCCACCAACCGAGCCUCCACCCAAAUGGAGACCCUGGAGACCUGGGUGACACCCAAAGACCAUUUCACCCUGUCCAACCAGCCUCACACCAGUAACAGACUCCAGCACAUCCAGGUCGGGUCAGACUGGGAUCCAAAAGAGCGCAUCUUCAGGAACUGGGGGGGUCUUCUGGGACCCGAGGACGAGCCUGUAGCUGUGCAGCGCUGGAGCCGAAGCCAGAGCAACCUGACUGCCACUGUGGUCUGGAUCGACCCCACCAACGUCAUCGCCGCCACCUAUGACAUCCUGGUGGACGCGUCCGCCGAGGUCACCCACUACCGGCCGCCUCUCACCGCGCCGCUGCGACCGGGCGUCUGGAAGCUGCGGGUGCUUCACCACUGGAACCCGCUGGGUCAGACCAGCUUCAUCGUUGCUCCGCUGGAGUUUCACCGACAGCAGCCCAUUCAGAAAGAGGAUACACUGCGGCUUCACGGCGGUCCAGCCAGGAAUGCCUACAUGGAGCAGAGCUUCCACGGUUUGAACCCGGUGCUGCGGCUGCCGGUGAGUCUCAGCGCCGUGGAGGAGGCCGAGGCAAACUCCGCCCUGACGGGGGCGCCGCUCAGACGCUGGCUGGACGGCCUCCUGGCGGGCCACUGGUCCGCCUCGGACGUCUGCUCCCUUGGCCCCAGCGCCUGCCCCGUCAUGCAGCGAUGUCCCCUUACAGCAUGGAGCUCAGCCAGCCCUGACCCAAAAUCUGAACUGAGCAAACCCAGAGAGAACGGGCGGAUCAGGUAGCAGUGGGAUGGACGGAAAACGGAGAGAGACGGAUGAAGAAAGGCACCUUUGUGUCUGGUAUUUAUUUAUUUAAAGAUUCCAGGAACCGAAGAGGAGAAUCCAAACUCAGUCUGAUCCCACUUCAGUUUGGGACGGUGAGGCUGCUGAGCAGAGCGAAUGAAUGUCACAUCCAGAACCUCAUACCUCUUGUUGAGUCUGAAGGAGCUGCCUCACAUGUUCACACUGAAAACAGCUGUGGAUGCUCGAUUUAAAGGAGCAGCUCAGAAAAAUCAGCCCCAAUCCAAACGUUUUAUUUCUUUAUUUGAUGUCGACCAUCAACAGAUGUUUAAACUCAACAAAAAUAUAAAUGCAACACUUUUGGUUUUGCUCCCAUUUUUUAUGAGAUGAACUCAAAGAUGUAAAACUUUUUCCAUAUACACAUUAUCAGCAUUUCCACAAACCAGUCUAAAUCUGUGAAAGUGAACUUCUGCUGUGU